AUGUUCUGCUACACGUUGGGUUUAUUCUUCACCUUCUUCAUUCCGAUGGGAGUUUCAGGUGUGUUUGGUGCUAAUACAGAUGAAGUAAAGUCAUUAUCAGUAACGGAGGGAGAUUCUGUCACUUUAAACACUGAUGUUACUGAAGUGCAGAGCUUUGAUCAGAUACUGUGGAUGUUUGGACAUCGAGAGACUCGUAUCGCUGAAAUGUACAGACAGGAUUUUGACAUGUUUGACAGUAAUGAGACAUUUGGAGACAGACUGAAGAUGGACAGUCAAACUGGAUCUCUGACCAUCACAGACAUCAGAAAUGAACACUCUGGACUUUAUAAACUAAACAUAAUCAGCAGUAGAAGAGCAAAUUCAUACAAGAAAUUCAGUGUUACUGUUUAUGCUCUUCCUGUUCCUGUCAUUAUCAACAACUAUUCAAACUCUUCAUCCAACUCAUCUUCAUCAGCGUCCAGAUGUUCAGUGUUGUGUUCAGUGGUGAAUGUGAGUGCUGUGAGUCUCUCCUGGUUCAAAGGAAACAGUGUAUUGUCCAGCAUCAGUGUGUCUAAUCUCAGCAUCAGCCUCUCUCUACCUCUGGAGGUGGAAUAUCAGGAUAAAAACACCUACAGCUGUGUGGCCAAUGACACAUUCACAACCCACACAACACAUCUGGACAUUCAACAACUCUGUCAAACAGAUAAAGAUUUAUACAGUCCUUUUGAUGGUGUGAUUCCUUCACUAAUUUACGCUGUGUUGGGCAUGAAGGCUGUCACUCUACUUACAGUAUUUAUUAUGUCAAAUUUCAAUUCAGAAUGACAGAAUUAUAAUUCCGUCAACUAGAGUAUCAUGCUGGAGAAUUUGACAUUAAUUUGACCAACAGUGGACCAAUAUUUUGAUGUUGGAUCUUAACGUCAAGCUAAUGUCUGGUGUCUAGUUCACCUCAAAAUGUAUGUUUUUUUGCAACAAUUCA